ACCUGUUACAUAUCUAUAUAAAGGCGGAAACCACGACCUCGAGAGAUCGCGUCUUGUCUUGUUGCCUCGACAAUUUGAUCCAUACCUUCUAUCCCGCAUUCCUUCAACACGAUACCACCACACACACACCCUACACCGGGCCUUUUCUUCUCUUUCAGUUAACAGCUGCCAUUGCAGGGUAACAAUACGAUCUCGACGUUUCUCUACCCUGUCUACACCAGAGCCCUCGCUAGGGACCGUCGCACAAGCCAAAUAACACAAACACAUACUACCAUGUCCAGCAUUUGCAACCGGAUCUACGAUGAUGGCCUUGGUCUUUUGGGCCCACAGAAGAACGUCAUUCGCACAAGACGCCUCUCCGUACGAAAGCAGCAACUUUAUCGACGAGAGGACCUUACAGCCGCUGAGCUCCUUUACACAUACACGACUCAGCCCCACUCCGAAGCGCUGUGGGCCCUGUCGUCGUGUUCCUCUAGCCGGCCUAGACACAUGAAAGAGGCGGCAUGCUGUGCGCCUUCUGCUGCGGCUCCAAAAAACCGAAGAAAUGAUUUGGCUUCCACUGAGGAGUCCUGGAAUGGACAAAGCCGAUCCGCGGGCGGAUUGGUUUCCCUCACAGACUCUUCAUCUGUAUCAGCGCAGGCCCAUCUCGGCAUUGGAUCAAAGACUGACGCGUUCACAUCAUGCCAACAGCAGCACCAUGGUCCAGUACCGCUUCCUCCAGCGACUUUUCGGGCGGACUUGCCUGGCUCUCCGCUUUCGCUUUGUGAUGCACACUACGAGUCCGAAUACACUUAUCAACGCCCGAUGCGGUCGACAUAUGUUUUUGGAGGAUCACGAGCAAUGGGCACAGGGGGUCGCAGCAGUGUUAGUGCUGGCGGUCGUGGAGGUGGCGCCAGCCCAGUUCCAUCUGGUGUGCAUCCGGGUCAAGAAGGAAAUGAUGGAGGAAACGACGAUGUUGAGGGAGACGAGAGCGAAGGUGGCAGGCCAAAGCCGUCUUCGUAUACCUUCCGCAGACGAAAUGCCAUUGUCGAGGGGUCGGAGGACGCGCCCAAGGCCAACGAUUUUCCAAACUCGUCCUAAAGACAAAAAGUAUAAAGAUAGCCCUCAUUCUAUCUCUGUUCUUCCUUUCCCUUUAGUGUCCUUUGUUUCCGAGAACUCCACUGCCUCCUCUUCUCUCUUUCCUUCGUCUGCAUUCAUCUUCGCAUAUAUACCCCAUCAUAACGAGCCAUAACGAUCUCCCGGUUUCCUUUGAAAUGUCCUAUUCUGUAUGUCUGUACCGAUUCCAGGGCCAAGGGUUCUUAGAAACGCAUUUUUUUAUUACGCAU